AAAAACACAAAAAACUAACACAUUUUUCUUAUUCUUCUGAAUCUUCCUCUAAGUUUUCAACUUUGUCUUUCACCUGGCAAAGCCAUGGGGUUCCUAAAGGCAAUAAUCAUCAUAGCAAUAACCAUGGCUUUGUCUAUCACAAUCACAAUGAAUACCAUCACACAAAACGAACCGGAAACUGCAUCGAUUCAUCACGACGAUUCUCGAGCACACGAGCAAGAACUAAUUCACCAUGAGAAAAACAAGUUUCUUCCUUCAAAGAGGGUAAGUCGUCUCCUAGCUCAAAACCCUAAUGCACCUAUUCAUUGUCACAAAGACGACGAGAUUUGUGAUCUUUACGGUGCCAAGAAUGCUACAUGUUGCAACAACAAGUGCAUGGAUUUGGGAUAUGAUAAGCAUAAUUGUGGUGCAUGCAAGAAACAUUGCAAAUAUACUCAAACAUGUUGUAGAGGACAGUGUGUUGAUACAUAUUAUGAUAAGAGGCAUUGUGGAGAGUGCAAUAAUCGUUGUGAAAUUGGUGAGUAUUGUGUCUAUGGAAUGUGCAGUGGUUACGCAUAAGAUAUUAUUUAUUGAGAAUCCAAUAUAGGGUUUUAUAUUAUUAUUAUUAUUAUACGAGGUUUGUGAUUUUAUUAAAAAUAUUGAAUAAAAGAAACCACAUUUGUGGUGGUAUUCUCUCAAAUAAAUUAUUGAUAUAUUAUAUAAAUUGUUGCUGCCUAAAUUUGCAGUCUUCAAGUGUUUAUCUUAAAGUUAUAUUCCUAACUACAAAGAAAAUAAAGUGAAUUUAAUUUCUAUAUUUAUAUUUGUUAUUGGUCACACAAUAUUAGAUGCUUUAUAGUUAUGUCUCUUAUUUUCUGCUGAGCCAUUGGAGUUUGUUGGGGUGUGGAGCUGAGUCUCAGUAGUCUGGGUUGGUUGGAGGUCCUUUGUUGUCUGUCUUGUCUCAGUGGUUGGUCAUUUCUUCUUUCCGAGGGGAUUCAUGUCUUCUCGUGGUUGAAGUGGUGGUGUAUUCUUUGUUUUUAGGAGUUGGUGUGCCUAUUUGUUUUUCUUUCAAGUGUAUUUUUGAUGUUCUUGUGUAAUUUCAACUUAU